GCGGGUGGGCGUGGCUACAGUGACCUCACCUGUCGCUCAGGUAUUUUUAUCUGCGACAACAGAAAGCCACCGAACAGGGAAGUGACUUAUUGUUCUCGCGGACCAGAGGUGGUUUUAAGGAAACACAGGGUUCAACACUUGGACUGAAUCUUAAUCCAGAUCAGAGGAGGAAAAUGAACACACACAGGGUAAGACUCAGUCUACUCGCGCUCUGUUUCCUGGUCUUGUCCGGCCUAGCUCUGGACUGUGACUGGGACCAGUCCGUUGAUCCGGAUCAGGGUCUGAAGCCGGCUUCUCUGGUCGCCGCAAGGCACAUCCUGGGCCGUACGGAGGGGGUGUCGGACCCGGAGAGUUGCCGGGCGGCGUGCUGCGACGAGCUGGACUGUGACUUGGCCCUGGUGGGCUUCCCAGCAGACGGAGGGCUGCAGUGUCUGCUGAUGAGCUGUCCGCGCGGGGACCCGGAUAUCUGCGUCCUCGAGCCCAGCUCCCAGUUCAAGGUUUACCGCAAGAAGGUGCAGAGGGAGGCCCGCGGGGAGAAGCCGCACGUUGUCCCGCUGCUUGGCUCCUGGGAACCAAAGACCAACGAGAGUAACAGCAUUCGUUGUCGUCUGCCGAUGAAGGUGGGUUCAUGUAGGGCGGCGUUCCCAAGGUUUUUCUACAAUGUGACCAAUCAGAGCUGUCGCAGCUUUGUCUAUGGUGGCUGUGAUGCCAACGCAAACAACUUUGACUCUCAGGAGGAGUGUGAGGCCACCUGCAGCGGAGUCACAGGUUCAGUUCUUCCUGAUGAAUCAACUCCUGCUCCUCCUGAAGUUCCUGCCAAAGCUCCUCGAAUGGCUCCGUCCUUUGAUACAAUGCUGUCUGAAGAUGCUGAAGGUCCAGUUGAGUCUGAGCCUGCUGCUACAGAGUCUGUUCACCCUCAGGAGACAGGAAUGUCUGCUGAUGAAUACGCUGAGCGCUGCGAGGCAGCGCCUCAAGUGGGUCCCUGCAGGGCAGCGUUUCAGAAAUGGUACCACAACAGUCAGACAGGUAACUGCGAAUCAUUCAUCUAUGGUGGCUGCCGAGGAAACAAGAACAACUACGUCAGCAAGGAGAGCUGCGUGGCUACAUGUACAGUGUCAGUCCUACCAUCCCCUAAGAAAUCCUCAGCUGAUGAUAGUGUUUCUACUGAGUACAAAGAUCAGUGUAUGGCGACCCCUGACCCCGGUCCCUGCCGUGCCGCCUUCCCGGAGUUCUACUACAACCACAAAGAUAACACCUGUCAGUCAUUCAUCUAUGGUGGUUGCCAUGGAAACCAGAACCGCUAUGGCACCGCAGAGGAGUGUAUGACCCGCUGCAGCAGAGACGGUUCCUUUGAGAGUCGUGGUAAAACUCGUAGUCGCUGGACUGCAGCCUUCUUCCUCUUUGCCACUCUGGCAGCCAUAUCAGCUCUGCUGCUGGUGACACUCGUCCUCAUCUCUCUGAAACGUCACCGUCUGUCCCGCCGUCCUCUUUCCGUCAGUGAUAAGGAGGAGCUGCUUUCAGAUCCAGAAGAGCAGUCCUCUUUGGAGUCUCUGACUGUCCCAGAGAGUCCCAAACCCAAUAAGGCUUGAGGAGAGACCCUGGAUUCACUUGGGGCCUGCAGAGGGUCUUGGGCCACUGAGGGUCUGGGGACAGGGGGAGUUUAUAACAUGCAGAUUUCAGUUCUGAGGUGGAUUUCUGCUUUAACUAUCUGAGCUAUGUGAGGAGAGCUAAUAAUCAGGUCAGCUGUCUCAGUUACAUAAAACUCAACGUCUGACCCGUUUCUAACUUAACUAUGAGACCUUUUUUCUUUGUCCUUCAUGGAGCAGGUGGAUUUUAUCUCAAGAGCAAACCUGAUCUGUCUCGACUCCACACAGACUGCAUUGAUCAGUGGUUUGUUUUUUGCUGAAAUUCACAUUACAGAAAUUUUUCUACAUUUUGGGAAUGACCUCAUUGCCUUUCUUACUGAGACUUAGAUGUUUGGAUGGAUAUGUGGUAACUGUGAUAUGUGUUUGCAGUUUUUCUUGGUUGACCAAAACCAAGAAAUAGUUCCAGCAGUGACUCUUCUGAAAAUCACAAAUGAAACCAAAUCUAAGAUGCGAACCAGUGAGCCUCAGAGCUAAGCUAGGCUAGCUGUUUCCACCUAUUUCCAGUCUUUAUGCUAAGCUAAGAUAAUCAUGUCUUGACUGCAGCUCUGUACGGUACAAACAUACACGGGACUGGUGUCAGUCUGAACAAAGAAAGACAAGAAGAGGAUUUCCCAAAAUGUUGAACUGUUCCUUUUUUAAAAAGUGCUAAGUCUUCAGAUAAGAGCCUUACAGACACAGCUCUGUCACAAAGUAAAUAUACAGAUGGUUUCAGAAACAUGAUCUAAGAACAGCUGUAAUGAACCUUCAGACAGAGCUCAUUCAUGUUUUUUGUUUUUAGUUUGAACUUGCUAGUUUCAAGUUUUGAGGCCCUUUUUAAUAAAUGACUUUAAAUGGUCAUUUAAAGUCAUUUAUGAAGUAAAACCUCCAAGUAUUUUUUUGUUUGGAUUUUCUCUAAUCUCAUAUUAUUAUAUACAUAUAUCUUUGGGCUUUUGUACUUUGACAAAAUCAGCGACAUGAAGGCAUCACUCUGAUCUUUUAAAAUUGUAGUUUGACCUUUUUUAUAUUUUAUGGAUGAAACAAUUAAAUAUCUAAUCAAAAGUGUGUUUUCAAUGAGUUGGGUGGUGCUGUAGGACACCAUAACAGAAUUGGAGUUUGUAACUUAAAAUCAAAUUAACCAUAAGAACCCUAGGAUAAAAAUUUAAUUUCUAAAAGUGAUUAAGUCUUUUAUUCAGCCUUGAAGACAUUCUUCGGUUUUCUGUAAAAGUAAGGAAAUUUUCACUGUUGUGAUGAGACAGUCCCACUUGGUCUACGUGCAGUUUCUCCUCUUGUCAGCAUGUAGAGACAGAAAAAGGCAGAUUGCUGCUUCAGACCCAAGGAACUAAGUUUGUUUUGUGUCGAGAAAGAUGAAUCAAUGUCAACCUGAAGGAAGAUUUUAUUAACACAAAUAAACAUUUAGGACUCAAUAAGUUUCAGUCCAAAAAAACUGGCACCUACGUUUCCCAUAAUGCACCUGGACAGUGUCAGCGUCAGAUUUGAGUCCACUAACUGCUCAAUCAUAUACUUUAUUCAUUUAUAUGUAUUCUAUUUUUUAUUAAAGGUAAGCAUCUUCUUAGAGUAAAUUUAGACUGGAUCAUUUAACGCUGCUUUCACAGGGGUAUUUUAUUAAAGAUGCCAAAAUAUGAGGUUUUAUUUACAGAAGUUUAAUUUAUUUUCACUCACUCACUACUACUACCAUACAUGAAAAUAUUAGUUUCCUACCAAAAGUAAACACACCAGUCUGUUAUUUUAGGAGGAAAUUUACAUACAGAAAUAUUUUAGAAAAAUCCUACAUUGGGGUUCAAGUGUUGGGUUCAUGUGAUUUAAAAGUAAAAUGUGUAGAUCAUUACUCAGAUGUUAAAUGUGUGACGAGUUUCUCUGUGCAAAUUACAUUCUACGCUGAAGAUCUGAAAAAAUAAUUAAUUUUGAAGUGAAUGAUAAUAAAAGUAGUAAUGGUAACAGUAAUGUAAAGUAGAAAUAAUUAGAAAAACAGUAAUUCAGACAAACAGCAGCUCAUAAUCAUGAGAUUAAUGUGAUUCUGAUGAAGUUUUCUCAAAAUUAUUUGAUGCAAAGUUAUGGGGAAAAGAUUACCUUUACAUUGAAAUGUUUUUAUUGUGUGAGAAGGUCUUCAUCUAUUUUUUCAUUGUUUGCUAUAAGUCCUGCUCAUUUCUUGGGAAUUUGGGGAAAUCACCUUCUGCUAAAACUUGCAAAUACUAGUUUCCUACCAGAAAUAAAGAAACCACAAAUUAUUUCACUAAAAAUGUACAUCCAGAAAUGUUCUACAAUGGUCAAAAAGUGGAUUUCAAAUGUUUAAUCCGUUUGAUUAAAAAUUCAUUCUGCAGAUAGAAAAUUACAUCCCAUUGACUUUUUUUCUUAAAAAAUAUCAGGCAAUAGUAAUUAUAAAUAUGUAUAAACAUAUUUAUAAUCUCACUCUGAGGAAAAUGUUGAACUGUAGCAUAACAAACAUAAUCAUGAUGUUUCUCUCAUAAUUAUAAGAAGUCAAACACAUGCUUUUAAAUUUAUAUAUUCUAUCAUGAGAAAAGGUAUUCAGUUAUUUUUCCCUGAUGAAAGGUGAAACUUCCAUAUAAAUGCACACACAAACAGGACAAAAAAACUUUGGAUUUGUUUGAAUUUUAACUGAAAGGUGAAAUUAAAACUUAUCUUUUGAACAGCAGAAGUUGAUCUAUAUUUUAUUGUGAGAAAGCAGCGCCGUGAUGUAUUUUUGAGAAGGAAACAACAUAUUUACAGAUGUGAGAAAUUGUCAAAUCUUCACAUAAUUAAUUAGUGUCUUCAGUUUUUGAAAAUGUUCAAAGUAAUCCAGUCUGACUUUCUGAGUUUAAUAUGUGAUUCAUGAAUGAUACAGUGUGUAAAAUAUAAUCCUGGUUUUAGAUCUGGGCUGUGAUUUGUACCUGGAGUCUGAGGUUAAACAGUAUCGCCUGUUAAAUCUGUACUCAACUUUAACCGUAAAUAAAACUUUUUUUUAGA